AUGCACCAUCUGAACCAAACUCAACCAGGCCUCGUUCAGGUGCUCUCUAUCGGGAGAUCAUAUGAAGGAAGACCUCUCUUUAUUUUACAGCUGGGCAGAAAAUCACGAGCCUACAAAAGAGCUGUCUGGAUAGACUGUGGCAUUCAUGCAAGAGAAUGGAUUGGUCCUGCCUUUUGUCAGUGGUUUGCAAGAGAAGCUCUUCUGACCUAUAAGACUGACCCAGCCAUGAGAAAAAUGUUGAAUCAUCUCUACUUCUAUAUCAUGCCUGUGUUUAACGUCGAUGGAUACCAUUUCAGCUGGACACAUGAUCGAUUCUGGAGAAAGACAAGGUCAAGAAACUCAAGGUUUCGCUGCCGCGGAGUCGAUGCCAAUCGCAACUGGAAAGUGAAAUGGUGUGAUGAAGGGGCCUCUGCCCACCCUUGUGAUGAUACUUACUGUGGUCCUUUCCCAGAGUCUGAGCCAGAGGUGAAGGCUGUCGCUGACUUCCUCCGAAAACACAGGAAACAUAUCACGGCAUACCUCUCCUUCCACGCCUAUGCACAGAUGCUGCUGUAUCCCUACUCUUACAAGCAUGCAACCAUCCCCAACUUCAGCUGUGUGGAAUUUGCAGCUCACAAAGCUGUGAAGGCCCUUCGGUCAGCACAUGGGAUACGGUACAGACAUGGCCCUGCCUCCCAAACACUGUACGUAAGCUCCGGUAACUCGAUGGAUUGGGCUUAUAAAAAUGGAAUACCCUAUGCAUUUGCUUUUGAACUGCGAGACACUGGGCAAUUUGGAUUUUUACUGCCAGAAGUGCUCAUUAAACCCACCUGCACAGAGACCAUGCUGGCUGUGAAGAAUAUCACACUGCACCUGCUAAAAAAAUGUCCUUGAGAGGAGCACAGGUCUGGUCUACCAGCCCAGAGAGAGCAGAUUCUGACUAAAAGGUUGCUUGGCAAAAGCAACUGUUUAGACUGGAAGGAUCCAGUCCUUAAAGGAACUGUUUAUGAAAUUUGACAUCUUACAACAAUAGAAGAUUGGAGCAAAGCCUGCUUUGGAAUGAGAAGAAAAUCCACUUUAUAUCCCUUUAGAGUCUUACUUGAUUACAGGGGGAAAGGAAUGUUUUCCAAUUCCUUUAUCUCAAGAAGUGUACAAAUUAAUUGGGGAUUUCCCUUCAAUCAACCUCUAUGCCCUCAAUUAAGAUGGAAGUUACCUGACUUUUAAGUAUUUGGUUCUUAUUUGAAAUGGAAAGAAUCACAUGUAUGCCUAAUAAAUAUAUAGUUUUUCAAAGUCUAA